CAAGUACAAGUUGUGCUUUGAGCCCAUAUGAUCUGGGUCUGGAUGCCUCGCCAAAACCCAAUUCCUUUUGACGCCAACCCAACAUUGCACCUGAGCCAUUCCAAAAGCUUCGGGCCAGCUCGAUCCUUGCCCUUUGCCGUCGGAUACUGUUGGUAUUGUGUCGGAGUAUUGGAGUAUUAUUACAUUGGCUAUUUUCUUCUUCUUUUUUUUUUCGGCCUUCUUCCACAGAAACAAAACAGCGGAACAAUUAAGAAACAAUAAGACAAGGGCUCCACGGACCUGCAGCCUUGGUGAGCUAGAAGACGACCCCGAGGAGGCGCCGCGUACAGGAAAAGUUACGGGCCUGCUGGUUGGGGUUCUGCCAUCCUUGAACCUAACCGCCCGCACGUCAAACGUGGGACCUCGCAAGCCUUCCAAGAGAGCCGCUGGGACCCUUGACCCUCCAGUCGAGUUUCACCGCCGCGGCUCACCCCCUCCGAGCGAUAUUCAGCUACUGCAUUUAGCUACCAGCUCUUGACUCUGACACCAACGUUAAUCCCAUUCACUCGGUUUUUUCUUUACCUGAUAAUGUCAAACCUCUUUUCUGGAAUCAACGCCCGUUUCCGGGGUGGUACCAACAAACCGGCCAUUCAGACCAAGAGUCCUCCAAACCUAGGCUCGGGUCCUGCUUCUCCCACCGCCUUGUCAGCCAGUCAGUCGUCAAGCAGCCUGGCCUCAAAGCUGCCUCCUCUUCCAAACUCUCCUUCGCUGGCCCAGACCCUUGGUAUGGAUGAGAACAGCGGCAUUAUGGCGACCGGCGAAGAUAUUCUCAACUCUUACCACCUACCCCGCCCAUUGCCCUUGUGGCUUAACCCCGGCUAUGCACGACAUAUCGUCAAGGGCAACUUUAUGACCCUAAGUGCAAGACCAAAGACGGUUGAACAGGGCGAGUGGAUUGCACAUCAAGUGGUCGAACACUAUAGAAAUCUCUGGAAUUUUGUCAGGGUUGUUCACGAAAAGGAGGAGGACGGAACAACAAUCUGCAAUUCCACCACCUGUCCUCGGACGUCUGCUGGGGCCAACCACUCGUUCACAUGGCUCAACUCCCGGAGAGAGCCUGUUGAGCUACCCGCCCAUGAGUACAUGACUCUCAUGCAGCGUUGGAUCUCGGGCAAGAUUGAUGAUACCAACAUCUUCCCGACGGAGGCCUCAGGAGUUUCGUUUGCACACAACCCUCAGUACUGCCCGCCGGCACUGUCACAGUUGGCCGGACCGGGAGGCGAGGGUGGUGACUGGGUUGGCAAACGCAGCGGGUUCCCCGAGAACUUUGUCGAGGUCUGCAAGACCAUCUUCCGCCAAAUGUUCCGCGUCUAUGCACACCUGUAUUGGGCCCACUUUGUCGAGCCGUUUUACCAUCUCAACCUCGAAAAGCAACUGAACAGUUGCUUUAGCCAUUUCGUCCUCACCGCCACCGCCCUCGAUAUGCUCAAGCCCCACGAGCUGGAGCCCAUGCAACCGCUGAUCGACCUUUGGGCGGCUAACGGAACAUUCCCGCAGGGAUCCAGGGCCUACGAAUAUGCCAACCUUCGCGCUGGCGAGAAGCUGAUGCAACUGGGAGGCAUGUCUACAUCAUGAGCCCGAUAGUCUUGCUACACCCACCGCCAAGAAUUAUCAUGUUGCAUGGUGGAGCAUGUAAUUUGUCGCAAAUGGGAUUGUACGAGCGGUUGCAGCACUUUGCCGGCCUGCUUGGAUGAAUUGCAGCCGAAUAUUUUAUGAGGCUAUGGCUAUGGCUAAGGAGAGAACAUUGGUUUUGGAAUUCAAGGCAUUUCCCCACUGUUCUUAAAGCCAAGAUUUGAUGGCCUUGAUCUCGGCAAAUGCAUUAUUUUCAUACAAGCAGCGCUUGGAAGACUAGGUGGCUGGGUAAUCCUCAAUACAAAACUUGAUUCGGGGUAUAUCUACACGGAGAGUUUCCUAUCACUUGUGAAUGCACACGUGGAUAGAGAUCAUCAUCCCACAAAGGUGUUUUGUUGUUGUUUUGAAUAUGUAGCCACUCGCUCCUGACUCCUAACCUCGAGUCAUUAUCACGAUGGUGUUUAUUCGUGAUUAAUGAAUGGCAUUCAUUCGAAGGGAAAAACUUCAUCAUCAGGUGAGCGCAGACGAAAUUCACAAGUAGCAAACCCUGUCCUUCGGUCCUUCGGAGAACAAGUAGUACAGGGCAGCAAUUCUCCGACAACAAACAACCGAAAGCAAGUGACUGGACUGUUCUCGGACCAGACUAGGCAGCCACCUCACUAAUCUUGUACUCCACGAUGACAGGCUUGCCCUCCUGGAGAAUGAAUCGGCCCGACCCGACGUAUACCUUCUCAGACAUUGCCUUGAGAGCCUCGUUGUCGCACUCAAACGACACUUGUGUGACUGUAUCCAUCGAGUUAAAACCACAGCAAUGCCCACGGAGUCAGACAUCGAACAAGAGAGCUGGGGGAUGGAGAUUACAAUAAUGAUGACAGAAAGAAAGCCGCAAAACGAUUAACCAUGAGAAGAACUUACAAACCUCCCCAAACUCAGUCGUCUUGGCCUCGGGGCUACCGGAGAGGACCAGACCCGCCGGGCCGGUGGUGGAGCCGGUGCCCCUGUAGUCGAACCUGAAGUGGGCGCCCGACUUGGCGUCACGCAUGAGGCUGCUGACCUCGAGGCGGACGUGCCGCUGAUCCGGGUCCGGGCGGAUGUAGUCACUGCCGUGCAGGAAGACGGCGUCGACCUGGAUGGGGUAGCCGGGCUCGGACUUGAGGGAGCCGGCCUCGGGCACGAAGCCGGCGUGGACUAGACCGCCGGAGCGGGUGCUGCCGAUCGACGUCGGGGCGGUGAUUGGGACCUAAGGAUUUUUUUUUACUCGGUUUUAAUCGCGUAUUAUUGCAUGGGGCGUUUGGUUCGGAGUUGGGUGAGCUAAUGUAUUGAGUACUGGCUAGUCCAAUCUCCAGUGGGCUAAUGCAUGAUUCAAGCGCCACCGUGAUGUCAAGUUAUAGGACGAUGUCGAUGUGGAUGUUGUUUGGGUGAUCUGUACUUCCUCCCAUCACAACUACCAGGUAGGUAACUUACCUCGGCCGUGAAGGCGGGAAUAAGCUUUGGGAAUCCCGACAUCUUUGUGAGAGAGAUGGCGUUCUUCAGGUAUUGAGUUGGGUCUGGUAACCGUCGAUAUCUACGCGGCUACACGACAAUUCUUUCCUGUUCUUUUACUGUAAUGAGACUCCG